GCUGCGUACGGCAGUAAAACCAUACCCGACUAAUACCCACAGUAUGCUUUUACGGGUUAAUUAUGAGUGCGUACCAAAAGAUGCUUAACCCUGGAACCAUGAGGUGCCCCAUAUAUCUAGUGAGUUGAAACCCUCUCUGGCCAAAGCUUGGGAUAGAAAAGCUUUUAAUGAGGAGCUUAGCCGGGACAACAGAAUGUUCUGAAUUCUGGGUCAGGAACCGCCCCCAAGCCUUGAUGAUAAGCGGUUAUAUACUUUCAUUCUGUCCCAGGAACUUCCCGACUCAAACAUUUCGCUACAAGAGAUGAACAAUGACCACCCUCAUUCGCAUGUUGCACUUGUUUAAUAGUGAGGAUGCCCAGACACACCUUACGAAACGGCAAAAUGCAACACAAGAGCCUCUCAUGGGCGGGGAUAGAGCGGGGUUUAUUGCUAUGGGGGUGGUCGCCCUCUGUUCUUUUAUUGCAUCGUUCUGUUUGUUAAGUUUCCUCACAUACCGUUUUAUUUUUUGGAAACAUUACUAUAAACGUCCUCUCGCCGCAAACCAAUAUGUCGUGUUGAUUUACAAUCUUCUUCUGAUUGAUCUCCAGCAAGCAACCGCCUUCUUGCUAUGUCUCCACUGGGUCUCGCGUGGUUAUGUCUACUAUCCAAGUGCGGCCUGUGUCCUGCAAGGUUGGUGGAUUCAGGUUGGUGACCCUGGAAGUGGAUUGUUUAUCCUGGCCAUUGCGAUGCACACCGGUGCAGUCGUACUGAGAGGGCGGCAACUUCCGCAGCGGACAUUUGUGUGUUGCGUUGUAGGUCUAUGGGUCUUCAUUAUCGUGCUAGGACUGAUCCCUGUGGGGUUAUUUGGGUCCAAGACUUUCGUCAUCUCUGAGGCCGGCUGGUGCUGGCUUGGUCCUGAACACGAGACAGAACGCCUCUGGGUUCAUUAUUUAUGGAUCUUUCUUGCCGAAUUCGGAACCGUCGUCUUGUACGGCAUGUUAUUCUUCCACCUACGACGUCGUAUGAACCAGGCGGCGAUGCUCCGUCAAGGACACCAAGAAAGUCUGAAACGGCUAAACCGCGUCGUCGUCUACAUGGUUAUUUACCCGAUUGUAUACCUGAUCUUAUCUCUUCCACUGGCAGCAGGCCGUAUGUCGACGGCUAGACACAUCGUUCAAAGCAGAGGAUACUUCGCCGUGGCUGGGUCCCUAAUGGCGUUGUCGGGACUGGUAGACGUUCUUGUGUACACGUUGACCCGGCGGCACUUGCUGCUGGAUACGGAGAUCAGCACAUCGGAUAAGAUGUAUGCCUACUACAACUCGAACGCGUAUCAGACGCACAUCACAACUACAACAAGAGAGAACAAAAAGGUGCGUGUGGGGUCUCGGCUACGCCGUGGGCUACAGACAAUAAACGACACGAUAAACGACGGGGACUCCACCGAAGACCUGCGCAAGGAUGGCGACAUGGAAAUGGCCGACCUUGGCCAUGGAGUGUACCAGGAGACAACGAUCGAGAUCUCGCACGAACCAGCGGACCCGGACGAGUUUCACAGAAAUAAACGGAGUAGUGGAUGAUGUGGG